AUGGACAAUCUAACGACAACCAAGAUUGUAAAUGCUGGUGCCAGUGGCAAGGUUGUCAAAGAAACAGUAACCACAACAACCCGGUUGACAUCACUGCCGCCAAAGGGAAUCACUAACUCUAUCGUCUCCAACCAGAAGAGCGUGUCCUCUAGCAGUUCUGGUGGAGUUUCAGUUGUGGAGAGGAAGGUCAUCUCUCAGAGCAGUGGUAGCAGCAGCAGUAGCUAUGCCAUAACAUCCUCAGGUGGUCUCUCUUCGAGGAGUGGGCUGCUCUCUAUUGGAGGAGGAGAGUCUACCAGUAGAGCCAUCACAGGAGGCAGUAGCUCAGUGCCAGUAUCCUCCUCUGCUGCAGCCGGGUCUGGGGGUGGAGCUAAGUCUGGGUACGGAGGGGGAUCCGUCAGCAAAUCAACCACCAUUACCACUAUAGAGUCCCCCUCUUUAUCCUCCGGUGCUUCUGGCGUAGCUUUUCGGUCUUCAGGGGCCUCGGGGGCAUCGUUUGGGGCUAGCAAAACCAGCGGUCUCAUGUCAAGCUCCGGUUCCAGUUUUUUCACUGGUUCUCUUACUGCAGGAGGCAGUUUUGUCACUGGUUCCCGUUCUGGUUCUAGUUCUGGUUCUAGGUCUAGUUCUGGUACAGGAAUUGAAGGAGGGGAUUCUUCUAGUGCCAAAAUGUCGGCCGGCGGCUUUGGUUCUGUGGCUGUUUCCACGGUUACCAGGUCCAACUACAGCUCCUCGGCAGGCGCGGGUUCAGGGGGCGUGAAGAGGGGCGGGGCACAGGGGUCUGCAUCCUCUUCUGUCAGCUUCUCCCCCACCCCCAUGGAGAGAAAGAGCAUGACCACCACCAUGACCGCACGCUCCAUGGGCUACGAAGGUCAAUCCAUUGGAAACUCAUCUCCGGAAUACACAAGGAGAGAAUAUGCUGCAGCAAGUGCAGCUGCCAGUACACCCACCAGAGGGCGGAGCCACAGCAGAGAGAGUGAGAUCAGAUGCAGACUGCAGAGUGCCUCUCCCACAGCCAAAAGAUGGACGGAGCUGGAUGAUGUGAAGCGGCUGCUGAAGGGGAGUCGCUCCAGCAGCAUCAGCCCCCCUCGCUCCCCCACCAGCACCCUCCCUAUCCCCAGGAAGGCCAGCGUAGAGACCAGAACCAUGCCAAACAGCUCCCAGUCAGGCCAGUAUGACAGCGCCACCCUGGACUCAGGAAUGCCUUCCUACGUGUGGUCAGGCCCCACGGCUGGAGGCUAUGGUUACCACAGCAACACCAUCAACCUGUCCCCCACCUCCACCCUCCGACAUUCACCUACCACACUCACAGGGCUUCAGAACAACCUGGCUCUCAGCUCUACAUCCAUGAACUCUGGACUCUCUGCCUCUAGCACUGUUCACGGUAUGCAGAAUAACCUGGCCACCACCACUGGCGGUAUCCUAACAUCUAAUGGAGUCAACGCACAAACAGUCUAUGGUGUGCAGAAAAAUGUCACAAGCACAGGGGUGUCCACAACUACAGUGGCGCCCAGCAGUCCUACCAGUGAAGAGGCCAAAGAACACAAAUUCAUGCUGCUGGAGAAAGAGAACGCUCCCGUCAAAAAGGAGACGGAGAGACUCAUCAUGGCCAAAGAUACUGGCAAACAGUUCUCCUCUGCUGACACUGCUAUUGCCUAUUCUGAGGACUCACUGAAGAAGGAGAAGAAGAAGGCGUCCAGCUUUGUGGAGACAGCUACAGCCAGAACCACAGAAACUAACGCUGGAUCCUUGAUGGAAGUGUCAACAAAAGACAAAGCAACCUAUGCAGUGAUACGUAAGGACGAGUCUGGAGGAGGUCUGGGCUUCUGGUCCUGCUGCUCCUGGUGGAAGUGGCUGCUGGGCCUCCUGCUGGGUCUUCUGCUCCUCCUGGGGUUCCUCCUGGGACUCAUCGCCCUGGCCGAAGAAGUCAAACGUCUUAAAGCUCGUGUGGACGCCUUGGAACAAGCCUCCAGCUCUUCCUCAGCCCAUUCCAGUCGCCUCUCCUCCUCCUCAGCCAUCAACAUCAUAGACCCUCUGGAGUCUGCAUACAUAGACAAGACCUCCUCUCCCUCCUCUACCACACUGCUCCGCUCUGAUAAUGGUAUCAAUCUGGGAGUGGCAACAGGGGCAGGUCCAGGAUCAGCUAAUGGACCAGGCCAAGACCCUGUAGCUCUGCAAAGGGCAGUACAGCAGAUAGUCAGGACUGAGCUGCAGUCGGAUACUGUACGAGCAACACUUGCACACUCAAUGAAAGGAGCGAGAGGAGAGCCUGGGACCAAAGGUGACCAAGGUGGUCCAGGAGUCAAAGGUGAUAAUGGAUUCCCUGGCCUACCAGGUCCUCCAGGUCAGAUGGGUCACAGUGGACAGGAGGGCCCGAGGGGACCUAAAGGAAGUGCAGGUGAAGCUGGUGCAAAGGGCUCCCCAGGCCAGAGGGGCCGAGAAGGACCAACGGGAUCACAUGGAGAGCCUGGUCCUCCAGGGUUUGGAGAGAAAGGGGACAAAGGUUCUCCUGGUGAACCCGGAGGCCCCGGACCUGCUGGCACUGCUGGGCCUGUUGGGCCUAAAGGGUCAGUGGGUGGUCAGGGUGCUACAGGGAUCCCAGGAACUCCUGGUCCACAGGGUUUCCGAGGUGAAGCAGGCGCUCCAGGACCGAAAGGAGAGAAGGGACCAGCUGGACCUCCAGGAAAUAAGGGCGAGCCAGGAGAGAAAGGACCCCGCGGAACAUCAGGUGACCCAGGUCAAAGAGGACUUCCAGGACCAGACGGAGCAAAUGGAUCCAAAGGACCCGCAGGUGCUCCCGGGGCUGACGGUGAAAAGGGUUCUAGAGGUGACAAGGGAUUGGAUGGGUUGCCAGGUCCCAGAGGACCCGCAGGACCUCCAGGAGAUACAGGUCUCCCAGGCAUUCCCGGGCUUCAAGGUCCACCAGGUAUACCAGGUAAUCCAGGUCAGCCUGGAGGUAAAGGCGAAGCUGGAGAACCUGGUAGAAUCAUCAAUGCAGCUGGUUCCAGUUCGGUUGCCAUCCCCGGACCUCCAGGCAGCCCCGGACACGCUGGUGUUGCCGGAUCCCCUGGACUCUCAGGUCCUGUUGGCCCUGCUGGUCUUCCUGGAACGCCUGGUCCCAGGGGAGAAAGGGGAGAGGAAGGAGAGAAGGGAGGCCAGGGAAAGCCUGGUAUUACUGUACAGACUGUGGAAACCACAGAGAGACGUGCACCUGUGGCUAGUCUUCGUGGCCCACCUGGCCCUCCAGGGCCCCCAGGAGAACCAGGUGCCCAGGGUAAGGGUCCCCCAGGUCCUCAAGGUCCUCAAGGAGAGCCAGGUGUUGGUGUGCCCGGCCCCCGAGGAGAUAAGGGAGAGCCAGGUAGCUUCGUGCCCAACUCAGGAACCUUCUUCGCUGGGCCCCCAGGACCUGCUGGCCCAACUGGUCUUCCGGGAUCACCAGGUACACCAGGACCCCAGGGUUACCAAGGUGACCCAGGUCAGCUCGGUUUACCAGGAGUUCCCGGAGAUCCCGGUGUCGGUUUCCCUGGACCCCAGGGACAACCUGGAGGUCCAGGACCAGAAGGGGACAGUGGACUUCCAGGGCCCCAAGGUCCAGAGGGCCCCGAGGGGCAACCGGGUCCAAAAGGUGAGGCUGGCGUUCCAGGUGCUCCAGGAAUCCCUGGCUACUCCAGUGGGGGAUCAUCCAGGAGUUCACCUGGAGCACCAGGUCCACCUGGACCUCCCGGGGACCCCGGCCGUGAUGGGCCACCUGGGUCUGGGGAUGGAACACCGGACGUCCGUCAAUACAUCACAGAAUACCUCAAGAGCGAUGGUGUCAGAGAGUACAUGUUGGGUCCUCCGGGUCCUCCGGGUGUACCGGGGCCCCCUGGUGGUGGAUCAGUGGAGUCAGUGGACGACCUUGCUAGUCGCGUCAUCGCGUACAUCCAGAGUGGAGGUAUUGCUAGUGGGGUGCCUGGACCUCCAGGCCCGCCUGGCGCUCCCGGUGGAGGCAGUACAUCGCUAAAUGACAUCAUCAGCCUUCUACAGAGGGAGGAAGUGCGACCCUACGUCAUCGGUCCUCCUGGCCCUGCUGGACCUCCUGGCAUCCCAGGGAUCCCAUGGAGAGGAGGCUAUGGCUUUAAUACCCAUGAGGUGGCUGGACGAGUCCUCAAUCUAAUGAAUGAGCAGGGUAUGGUGGGCAUGCUCGGACCCCCUGGACCUCCUGGCCCACCAGGCCUACCUGGGUCCUACAGUGACAUCUCUUAUCUUCUGCAAAAUGCUGAAUACAGAGGUGUCUUGGGCGCUCAGGGGCCUCCUAGUCCACCUGGUGUCCCAGGCCCUGCCGGCCCUCAAGGCCCUGCCGGUCCUUCAGGACAGGCACCCUACAGCAGCUCGGGAUACAGGCUGGAGGAGGUCAAGGACUACAUACAGAGUAUGCUGGCAAAUUGUAUUAUUGUAUUAUCCUCACCAGGUGAUGGUAUAAGAGGGGGAAUGUUUGGGCUUCCAGGCCCCCCAGGUCCCCCUGGAUCCCAGGGACACAAGGGAGAGCAGGGUAGCUCUGGGUACGGCCACGCCUUCGACCACAGGACCAGCGAGGGAAGAAGGCUGGCUGAGACUGAGACAGACUACUCCAAUAUAGCGGUACGAGUGACUGACUACAUCAAGUACCAUGGUCUGUUGAGGGACGUGGUUGAGAACCGGUCUCAGCUGGAGAAGUCACAGGUUGUUCAAGGACCCCCAGGACCCCCUGGCCCUCCCGGUGCGCCAGGAUUCAGCCGUGUGUUUGGUUCCCAUAGUAACGCCACUGACCUUGUGGAAUACAUCAGAGCCCAUGGAAACAUUGUGGGACCUCCUGGAAGGCCAGGACAGAAAGGGGACAUAGGACAUACAGGUCACAAAGGCGAGAGAGGACUAGAUGGCAUCCCAGGAAGUACAGGCCUCCCUGGUCUGGAGUGGAAAAGGGGGGGAAAGGGGGAGAAAGGAGAACACACACUCGUGACCAACAGAAGAAAGAGGAAUGCUGGUGUUUGAGAAACAAGGGAUUGAUAAAUUCUCAUUAAAGGUGAAUGAAAUAUGUCAUGAGCAUACAUGACUGUGGCCUAAUGCCUUGGAGACAUUACCGAUGUAAAUAUAUCGUUUUCUAUAGGAGAAACUGUUGAACGGGACAGUAUUCCAUGCGCUGAUGUAUUGUGUUGUGUCCAAGAUGUCUUUAUGAUCUAUUUUUACUAGUGUUUGAUCUGGAGUAUGUUUCCAAAUCCCCUCCUUGCAUGUUGAUAGCAGGAAUAGUUGAACUAUGUGAUGAAAAAUAGAACAGGGUGUGCUAUUUUUAUUCAAUAGCUUUUGUCCCAUUAUCGUUAUUGUACUUUUGUACUUGAGGAAAAACACAUUUUGUAUAUUGAACAAAACUCAAACCAUUGUCAAAAUCUCCUUUCAAUGUACUGGUAUCACUUCAUAAAAAUAAAGGUUGGUCUAACUUA